CUUUUUCACAUUUUAGUUUUACUCGUCGGAUCUCUCGGAGUAAGCAUCGGUGAUGCUUGUUCUAUCGUGAUUUAUAUUAAUGGGUUCUGUAGAUUCUCUCUGAGAACUGUCACUCCAAAAGAUUUUUCUAGAUUCUGGGUUGUAUGUAAAUAGAAACUUUUUUUUUUAGAGGAAACCCAGUUCAGUUUACCUUCUUUGUUCACCUAUUUUUAAACUCUGUCCUCCCCAGAUUUAUGAGAAGGUGUUGGUGGAUUACUUUUCUGAGAGAUCUGGGGAGGUUCUUCUUCGUUUUCGGUUUAUUCUUUCUGAGAUAUGGAGAACGGUGAUGGUAGAGAUGUGGUUGUCAUGUUCAGCGAUGAAGAGUUGGAUGAGAUUAGUGGCUUGAAGAAAGGUGGAGAUUAUAUCGAGGUAACUUGUGGGUGCACGAGCCAUAGGUAUGGGGAUGCCGUAGGGAGGCUUAGGGUUUUCGCUGGAGGCGAUCUCGAGAUCAGCUGUGAAUGCACUCCUGGCUGUCAGGAAGAUAAGUUGAGCCCAGCUGCUUUUGAGAAACACUCUGGAAGAGAGACUGCCAGAAAAUGGAAGAGCAAUGUGUGGGUCAUCGUCAAGGGGGAAAAAGUUCCUCUGUCAAAGACUGUGCUGCUUAAAUACUAUGACCAAGCAUCAAAAGUUGCAAAGAGUUCUCACAAGUCUCACAAUGGAAGACCUUGUCAUCGGGAUGAGUUUGUUCGCUGUUCAAGGUGUAAUAAAGAGCGCAGGUUUCGUCUUAGGACAAAAGAGGAAUGCCGGAUUCACCAUGAUUCUUUGGCUGAUCUUAACUGGAAAUGUGCUGACCUGCCAUACGACAAAAUAACCUGUGAUGAUGAGGAAGAGCGUGCAAGCCGUAAGGUGUACAGAGGUUGCUCUCGUCUUCCUACUUGCAAGGGGUGCACCUCUUGUGUGUGCUUUGGUUGUGACAUCUGUCGAUUCUCUGAUUGCAACUGUCAGACCUGCAUCGAUUUCACCCGCAAUGCUGAAACUUAGUUUCCUAAACCACCUGUUAGGCAAGGUAUUCCUUGUUUUGGUGAGCACUUCACUUUUUUUGCCCUCAUGAGGCCCCAUGCCUUCAUUACAGAGAACUUCAGCUUUCCUAUGUCUACUUGAAGUCCCAAUCAGAGGGUUCAGUUUUUGUUGUUCUCAACGGCUGCUUUUGAACUUGCAGUUUCAGUAUUUAUCCUACCAUUAGAAAUCUAUUGUGUUAACUUGACAAUAUUCCCCAUUCUUUUGAAGGAAGACAUCAUAGAGGAAAA